AACAUGACAUAGUAAUAGGUGCUGUAUAGCAAUCGGUUAAGCGUAAACACGAUUAGUUAUUGCUAGUUUUUUACGCACACUAUCUUUUGUUUUUGGUUUGGACAUUUUAUUCAAUUUAAAGUAACUAAACUGUUUUAUGGCAUCUAAGAGCUAUUUCGGAGCUUGUACCUAAAUGAACUGUACAAUAGUAUGAGUAUGGAAAGAAGGCUUUGUAUCGAGAAGUUGUUAUGUAUAUAUAAAGGCUUGCGAGACCUCGAACUGUUUAGUCUGUCUGCGCGGUCCCGUUGAACCGGUCGCGGGCUGAUUGACCCCCACUACGCACUACCUUCGGCUUUACUCUACCACUUCAAGCUAAACAUUAAACAUGAGGGCAAUCGGCUUCGUCGUGGCCCUUGCGGUAAUGACGGUGUGUCAUGCCGCCACACCACAGCUUCGGUUCGCAUGGAAACUGAUGGACUUUGCUUGGGAGACUCCAGAAAGCAGAGCAAACGCUAUCAAUGAAAAGAGGUUUAUUCCUGAGAACAAUCUGCCUCUGGGAUUAGCACGUUGGAAGAACAAAGUAUUUGUUACCGUGCCUAGAUGGAAGGCUGGUGUAGCUUCUACAUUGAACUACGUAGACCUGGAUGGGCCACAAGACCAGGCUUUAAAACCAUACCCAUCUUUCAAGGACAACUUUGUACCUGACGAUGCAAAGGAACUACCUUCAAACAGCUCAAUGAUCUCAGUUUUCCGAGUGUUUGUGGAUGAGUGCGACAGACUGUGGGUCAUCGAUUCUGGAAUGGCAGACAUCUUUGGAGCUGGAAAUCAAAUCAACGGGCCAUCGAUUGCGAUCUUUGACUUGAAGACAGACCAGCUGAUUCACCGGUAUCAGUGCAAGGCUAGUGAUAUGAAAGAAGACUCGUUCUUCGCUAAUAUUGUUGUAGAUGUAAACAAAGAUACUUGUGAUGACGCAUAUGCGUAUAUUCCUGAUUUGGGAGCCUACGGAGUAGUGGUGUACAGUCUGAAGCAGGACGACUCUUGGAGGAUCUCCCAUCACUACUUCCACUUUGAACCUUUGGCUGGUUCGUACAAUGUGAGCGGUAUCGAGUUCCAGUGGACUGAUGGUGUAUUUGCGUUGGCUCUCUCGGAACCCAGAGAGGAUGGGUAUAGGACAAUGUUCUUCCAUGCAUUCUCCAGCACCAAGGAGUUCUGUGUGUCAACAGAGUUGCUCCGUAAUUACAAGCAUAUUGACAAGACCGAAGCAUUCCAUGACUUCAAGCUUCUGGGCGACAGAGGUGAACGCACGCAAUCAGCUGCCAGCUACUACGAUCCUAAAACUCAUGUCCUGUUUUACACCCAGGUGAACCGUGAUGGAGUGGCGUGCUGGAACUCCAACAAGCCGUACACACCAGACAACAAUCCUCUUAUAUUGAGUGACCCCAAACUCUUCGAGUUCCCUAACGAUUUGAAGGUGGACGAUGAAGGAAUCCUAUGGGUUCUUACAGACAAAUUGGCUCGCUUCCUCUACAAAACUAUCGACCCGAAUGAGGUCAAUUACAGAAUAUUUAGCAUCGACACUACUGAGGCGAUUGCGGGAACUGCGUGUCAGUAAAUUACUUGUUCCAUGUCCAUAACAAUAUUUGUUGCGGAUAUUUUUCUUAAUAAGUAGAUAAGUACUACUCCCCAAUCUCGAAGCCCCCAUAUCCCCACAUCCCUAACCCCCACAAGGCUGGCAACGCACUUGUUACACCUCUGGUGUUGCGGGUGUCCAUAGGCUGCGCCGAUUGCUUAUCGUUAGGCAAUCGAUAUGAUCGUAUAUUCGCCGGUAAUUAAAAAAACUUACGAAUCGGAACGGAGUUAUUUAUUAGAUAUUUAUAUCUAUUGUAUUGUUUGAUGUUAAAUAAAUCAAAUAAUGUAUAAGUAGUACGAGUUGUCACGUAACAUUGUUAUAUUACAUAUUAUUAUGUAUGUAAGUAAAUAACUAUCCUAACUAAAGAUAUAACUAUACAUAUAUCUCGUGAUAGAUUGUUUGAGAAUGUUUGUUAUGAUACGAUGUGAUAUUAUUAAAAUCAUAAUAGUGUUCUUACUGAUAAGAUUCUAUAUAUGUAUUGCAAAUAUAUUUUGUACUACACAAAUCAGAAUGUUACGUAUUAAUUAAUAAUUUGCAUCCUAAGUAUUCCUGAGCCUUCAAGAAUACGGUCCUAUUUGCUUAUGUAAUUGGUAAGAAUCUCCUGUUGAUCUCAGGCAACAAAUUAAUAAAAAAUAAUUAUUACUUAUCUAAUUUUAUUCAGUUGAUCAAAAUGUCCAGUUUUAAAUAAGGUUUUAUUUUCUUAUGUCUACUUACUAAUUAUCUGUUUAGUACUAAGUAUACCUACUACUUUGUUAUACUUCGAUUAGAGUACAAAUUAUGUAACUCCUAAGGUCAUUAGUUAUAAUAAAAUAAUUAAUUCUACAAA